AUGUGUCAUUGGCUGUUUCCCCAUGGGGAUGGCAUCACCCUGACCGGCUUUCUAUUCGUGGUCCUUAAUUUCCUCACCGUGAUGUGGUACAACCCGAACUUUGACCAGGAUUGUCCGCCCUGGGUCUACGCCAGCUGUGCCAUCGGCUUGUUUCUGUACCAGACCUUUGAUGCCGUAGACGGCAUGCAGGCGCGGAGGACGAGGCAGAGUGGUCCGUUGGGCGAGCUCUUUGAUCACAGUGUCGAUGCAUGCAAUACCGGUCUGGGCGUGCUCAUCUUUGCGGGUACCAUGAACUUUGGCCAGUCUUGGGCAACUGUGUUGGCGCUAUUUGGAUCAACGAUGACCUUCUACGUCCAAACUUGGGACGAAUACUACACCCAAGUCCUAACCCUGGGGAUCAUCUCCGGCCCCGUCGAGGGCGUGUUAACCCUCUGCACCGUCUACGCUAUCACGGCCUACAUGGGCGCCGGCAGCUUCUGGCACCAACCCGCGCUGGAGACGCUAGGGUUCUCCAAGCCGACAUUCAUGACCGACCAGGUCUACAACCUACCCUUCACGCAGUGGUACAUUGUGUACGGCGCAUUCGUGCUCUUCUUCGCCACGGGCUCGAGCAUCUGGAAUGUCGUGCAGGUGCGCCGCCAGCGCGGCCUCGAUCCUGUGGAGCCGCUGUAUGGCCUGCUUCCGAUGGUCGUCAUCUGGACGCUUGUCCCUGCGUACCUGUACCUGCAGCCUGCUGUCAUGGAGACGCAGAUCGUGCCAUUUGGGCUGUAUGUGGGACUGGUGAAUGCCUACGCCGUCGGGAGGAUGAUUGUAGGCCAUCUCGUGCAGUCGGGCUUUCCGUAUCAUAAUGUGCUGCUGUACCCGCUGGCUCUCGGGGUGGUGGACAGCGCGGGACCCCGGUUGGGGCUGUGGUCCACACCCGUGCUCGGGAAUGGUAUCGGGCAGGUUUGCUUUGUGGUUGGGUGUUUGGGUUUCGCGGUUGGUGUUUAUGGAAGCUUCGUGUUCGACGUCAUCACCACGAUCUGCGACUACCUCGACAUCUGGUGCCUGACUAUCAAGUAUCCGUAUGUCGAGGAGACGCAGUCGCGGAAUGGCAAUGCGGAUUCGUCCAAGAAGAUGAAGUGA